UCGAAACAGUACUUGUUGCACUUUUCGUCAUGACUGCAGCACCUGCACACUCACAGCAGUCACUAGUACUCUCAGCCUCCUGACUGUAUUAAGUUUAUGAUUUUGAUAUUUUUUUAACUAGCACAGCUUUUACCCAAUCGCUUCGGAUUAAUUUUUGGACUGUGGUGGAAUGGAGACCCAGGAAUCUGUACCGAUCACUGAGAAGCGUUCCUUCGCUCCUGGCGAUGUUGUCAUGGCCUGUGAUCCUUUGGUGUGGGUCUUGGAGCGCAGUGCGUACAAAACCCACUGUGCGUUUUGCUUGAAGGAUGGCCAGGGAUUGCGUAAAUGUGCGGGAUGUCAACUGCAUCACUACUGUAAUACCACGUGCCAGACCGCGGACUGGAAAAUGGAGCAUAAAGCGGAAUGCGCCAUGCUGAAGCAGAUGGGUUUAGUGAACGGGGAGACGGAGCCCACGGUUAUCCUGUUGGCCGGGCUUCGAGGUGGCCGAACAUCGCAGCCGUUUCCCAUGUCUACUGAUAUCUUCCGGGAUAUGACGACCAAGUUGGACUUCAAAGUUAAGAGAAACGCGAUGAUGGACGUCUCUGGAAUGGGCUCGAAAUCUGUUGCAGAGGUUCUGCGCAUGAUGCCAGCCAAUCACGCGGACCCGGAAUCCCAUCCCGUACUGCCUUUCGAAAAGUCCUCCAUGCUCCCGGAUAAAUCCAUCUAUUAUGAAAUUCUAAGCUACAACACAUGGCCCCUGUACGAUGUACUGACCGGCUAUGGCAAGGAUCCCAUCGGUUUCGCCCUGUAUUCACAAACCGUGCGACACCAAAUGACGCCGGUGUGCUGGGAUAUCAAUGUGGUGUUGAACCGCCGCGGACGACAAUUAUUCAUCCAUGCCGCAGAAGAUAUUCCGCAGUAUACCGGACUGAAAGAUUUGCGAUACAGCGAACUAAUGGAACCGUCGCGCCAAACUUGCGAGGAACGUCGCGGUGAAUUCCGAAAGCGUCACGGUUAUCCGUGUCCUUGCCGCAGAUGCACGGACGAAUACGACGCGGACAUUAAUCGCCUACGAUGUGUGACGGUUGGAUGCACGAAUCGCAUUCCAAGCGACCGUCGUGCACAGGCGGCGUGCUCAGAAUGCGGUGCCAUCAAUCGCAGCCGGCUGGUGCAAUUCCGUCGUUUUGUGCAAGAGUACGAGGGACUGAAAUGGCGUCACAACGGAACUGCUUCCAUGGCGAUGAACAUGAUGAUGAAUCUCGGCCACGAGGUAGAAAAUGCCGAUAUCCUGCAGCCGGACGCGCAUUUUCGUCACGUCUGCGCCUGGAUGAUCCCGAACAAAUACUUCAAUGAGAACCGCUUGGAGGAGGGCUGGAAGAUGACGGUGGGAUUAACUCUCUGUGUCCGGAAAAUCUAUCCAAAGUAUGAUGUUUGUCGCGGCCUCCAGCUAAUGGGACAGGGAAUUACCGCCUCCACAGCGCUGUACCAACGAGCGGUGAAUCGGACAGGUCGGCUGCCGGGACCGGGGAAAAAUGAGUUGGGAAUCUUAGCCCCUCAAAUCAGUCAUCUUGCCAUCAAGUACUGCGAGGAGGCCAAAGAAAUCUUUACGGUUUUGUUUGGUGAAGAGUCCCAGGAGGUCCAGCAAGCCGAAGCUGCGCUGGAGCGAGUGACUACCAAUAUACGCCCCAUCGAGCGCGCUUUUCGCGGCAGCGGAUGGAAAGCCAAGAAAUAGUGAUUUUGUUAUUUCAGUGGCUGUUCUGUUCAUUUCGGUAACUGCUGUGUUUUCUAAUGUCAGUUUUUCUGUUUUUCCAUUAGGUCAACCAAACGAUGUUUUGUAACUGGAAACUUUAUGUUCUGUUAACUGUGGAAAAUGGUAAUAUUUAUUUCACCAACAGCGGAAAGAAGUUCUACAGACAUUGUCAAUUUAAUUUCUGGCAUGGAAAACUGAAAAGUCAGCCUGUUGA